AUGUCAGGAGUAACCCUAGCAGCGGCUCUGGACGAGCCAAACCCAUCUUCACUAAGAAAGCAACAAAAGCACCUGAAAAACCAACCAGCAGUAGGCAUAAUGGGGUCUCUCCGCGUAAUCGAGCUUCAACUAGUAGCCUUCAUCAUGGUCUUCUCCGCGAGCGGCUUAGUCCCGCUCCUAGACCUAUCUUUUCCGGCGCUCUCCUCCGCCUAUCUCCUCAUCAUUUCCCGGCUAGCCUUCCCCUCCCACUCCCGUUGUGGGCCCCCGGAGUUGUUUCAGGGGGGCCGGCUUUUCCGUGUUUACGUGGUGUUUGGCACAACCGUUGGGCUGUUCUUGCCGCUGGCUUAUGUGUUGGGUGGAUUCGCGAGGGGCGACGAGCAUGCCGUCCGAUCAGCAACGCCUCACCUCUUCUUGCUGUCUUUCCAGAUACUAACGGAGAAUAUUAUAAGCCGAUGGUCUCUGUUUUCGGCGCCGGUGAGAGCGUUUGUCCCUUUGCUUUACACCGUUCGCCGGGUGUUCGUGAUACUGGACUGGAUGCAAGAUGUGUGGGUUAACAAAUCAUUGCCUGCAACCGCAGAUUUCAAGGAUGUUGUAUGGCACUGGUUCGGGAGGGGGCUGGCGGUGGCUAAUCUGCUCUACUUUUGUGUGAAUCUGUUCGGGUUUUUGAUUCCGUGCUAUUUGCCGAGGGCGUUUGAGAGGUACUUUAGGGAGAGAGAUGAGAUUGUUGCCAAGACGGGAGAAGACUACAGGCGCUCGCCUGCAACAACGCUCAAUAAUAAGCAGCCUCAGCCUCAGCCUCAGCCUCAUCAUCAUCUGCACACAGACAAGGCAGAUUAGUGUUUAGUACUAUCCUAGUACUGUUUGAUCCAUAGACUAAAGGUAGUUACAAUAUAAUAUAAUGGCGGUUAGGUUCCAUCUGUGAUAUAUAUCAUCAUUUCAUCCAUCACAUACAUCACUUUCAUUCUAAGGAAUUGUACGUGUAUGAGCUGUGGGUUUGCCCAAUUAAGUUAGUCAUCGCCAAAAUCCAAGCUUUAGAUCAAAUCUUUAACUGGAUGUAUUCUCGCAUGAUAGUUGUAUGGUUUCGGUUGUAGAUAAAGAGAAAGACAAAGAAUAUAAA